GAGCAACAUCACAGGAGAAAUGGACAAGCAAAAGUCUCUUACAAGGGCACCAGAACUGUCCAAUGAACCAGAGCGCCAGUUGCCGGGGAGACCAACAACUGCACCAUCUUACUCUGCAGGCCCAACCUUCCCAUCUCCCACUGUCCCCCCACCUUCCCACCUCCCCCCCCCCCCCCCAUCCCUCGACUCUGUUCUACAUUCGUCUGAGAUUAGAACGCCUGUGAAGACGAUUGGUCAGCGGACGAGCGUUUGGAAGUGUGUGCCGAUCCCCUCUCUCUCUCUCUCUCUAACCUGUUCUCUAACUUUCUUUCUCUCCCUCUCUCCCUCUCUCUUCAACUCUCUUUCUGCCUCCCAUUCUUUCUCUCUCUCCCUCUCUUCCUCUAAUUCCCUCUCUCUAACUCUCCCCCCCUGUCAAUCUCUCUCCCUCUCCUCUUCUCCCUCUUUCUCGCACUCUCCAUCUCUAACUCUCCCUCCCUCCCUCUAAUCCUUUCCCCCUCUACCUCUCUCCCCUGUUAAAUCUCUCUCUGUCUCUCUGCCUCUCUGUGUCUCUCUCUGUGUCUCUCUCUCUCUCGUGCUUCCCUCACCAAAUCCUCUGGCCCAAGUACCCUCUACCCCCUGAACCAACUCUGACAAUGGACAUCUACCGUGAAGCCUGUAGUUAUCUGGAGUCUCAAGGCAUUCCCGUUGUCGGGGUCGAUGACGAGGAUGCGGACGACGACCAGGUCUUUACCCAGGACCCCGCGCUCGACUCCGUCGUCCGAUCGCAUGCAGGCUACCCUGACAGGUUGUCGAACAGCAGCGGAAACUUCUCUCCCGUUAGUCCGGCCACGCCGGAUGAUCCCGAGAAACAGCUGCAGAGGAGGAAAAUGGUCCUGUGCAAGGUGUUGGAGAACGAGAGGGUCUACAUCACCGAGCUGGACAGUCUACUGCUGCCCAUGCGUCCCCUGAAGGCAGCCGUCUACACCUCACAGCCGGUCCUCACCAACCAGGAGAUCCAGACCAUCUUCUUCAAGGUGCCUGAGCUGAACGAGCUCCACAAGGACUUCUUUGGCAAGCUGCAGGCUAGGUUGGAGGGUGGAGACACUCUCCAGUCGGUGGGAGACAUCUUUCAGCAGCUGGUCAGCCAGUUCGGGGUGUAUCGCGCAUUUGUCAGCAACUACCCGACAGCGGUGGAGACGGCGGAGAAGUGUGCUCAGAGCAAAGAGCAGUUCAAAAUGAUCGCUCAGGAAAUGAGGCUGAAACCCUCCAAGGAAUCAAAGGAGACUCCUGUGACCACAACUCUAGAGGCCCUGCUCCUCAAGCCGGUCAACCACAUCACCAGGGUAACGCUGCUGAUUGGAGAGCUGCUGAGAAACACACCAAGUGACCACACUGACUACCCUGCACUGGAGAAAGCUCUCAAUGACUCCAACAGCUUCCUCUCUGCAACCAAACAGACAAUCGACCAUAAAACUGGAUUCCGGGAAUCCACUACUGAUGAGGACCAGUCCCUGGUGAAGGACGGGUUUGUGGUCGAAGUAUCCGAGGGUUCACGGAAGUUACGGCACAUCCUGCUCUCCACGGGUCUUCUCUUCUGUACCAAGAUGAAGAGGCUGCCAGGUCGACAAGCAGUCUCCAAGUGCGACUGGUACCUCCCUCUGGAAGACAUCACUCUCCAAAGCCCCAGUGAGAUCCAGCUGAUGGCUCCCAGCGCUCUCCAGGCCGUGGCCCAGAAGGACAUCGAAGAAGCCAAGGCGAGGCUGAUGGCCACCAAGAUUGAGAUCCACCUGGAGAAGAAGCACAACAAGGGAAUCGAGCGCCUGAGGAGGAAGCUGUCAGACAUCGAGACGUGGCUCCUGUUAAACUCCCCGUCACUUCCGCUGGGACUACAGAGCAGGAAUGGCAAGAGUUUCAUCUUCCUCUUUUCUUCUGACUACGAGCUCCAUGAUUGGAGGGAGACCAUCGAGCAGCAGAAGAAGAAGGGUUUGCAGCCGUUCUCCUGGUCUCACCAUGGGGUCCAGAGCCUGUUUCACCUCUGCUACGAGCAGCGCACCGCUCGCCAGCAGCCGCUCCACAGUAACGCUGAAGAAUCGGACGGCAGCACGCUCCGAGGGAGGCUGACCAUCAAGAUUCACUCAGUGUCUGGAUUCAAGGAACCGCUCAAUGUUUACUGCUGCUUGGAGGCCGAUUGCCACGGAUACUUUGAGAAAAAAGUGCAGACGUCAGUCUUAAUCCAUUGCAAGAACCCACAGUGGGAAGAAGAGAUCGACGUGGAACUGGAUGGGGCUCAGUUCCUGAGGAUUCUCCUGUGGGAGCAGCACAAUUACCGGAACACCACAGAGAACGGCCAGGGUUACGGCACCGACCGUCUCAUCGCCAAGGCUCAGAUCUGGCUCGAUCCCAAGAGCCUGCAAUCCAAGGAGUGGAAGGGGAGUUUGAUCGGAAUGAAAGGGCACCAGCUGAGCUGCUCCAUGAAGUACCAGCACCAAAGCCUCAGCGAACUGGACCAGCUGACUGGCGCUCCACAAGGGACCUUCGGAAUCCCCAUCAGCAUCGUCACGUACCGGGAGCACAGCAAGAUCCCACAGAUCGUGCGGCGCUGUGUGGAAGAGGUGGAGCGGCGUGGAAUGAAGGAGCUCGGGAUCUACCGGGUGUCAGGCGUCGCGACUGAACUUCAGGCCCUGAAAGCGGCUUUUGACACCAACAGUAAAGACACUGCGGUGCUGCUGAAGGACUCCGACAUUCACGUGGUGGCAGGCACCUUGAAGCUUUAUCUGCGGAGCCUUCCCGAACCUCUACUCACCGCCGAGUUGGUGCCCUUGUUCUUCAGGAAUGCAGGUCUGGAAGACAGCGAGGCCAAGGACUCACAGAUGACAUCGCUACUCCACCAACUUCCCCAGCCAAACUUUAACACCCUCCUGUACCUGCUGCACCACUUGAAGAGGGUCGCACAGCACGAGGCAUUGAACAAAAUGACCCUGCACAACCUCGCCACUGUCUUCGGCCCCUCACUUCUUCGUUCUGAAAACAAGGGAGUCUCCAUGGACAUCUCGCAUGAGGUCGUAGUUCAGGUCCAAGUGAUCUUUCACUUCCUGUCCAAGGAUGGCCUUCCCCUGCUGGAGCAGCGAGAAGCCCUGGACUCAGAGUCCACAGAGACGUGACGUGUGAGCAGUGGUGGAGAAACUGCCCGUCGGCAGAUCGUCAAUACAACAAGCUGAUCCAAACUCCCUACCUCUUUCUGACCGUCCUUCAGUUGUUCUUCCUCUCACUUGGUGGUCCUUGGGGAGUGGUCUGAGGGCAGACAAUUCCAGCAUAACCCCUCCCUCCCUCCGUCCCCUCCAACAUCCUGAGAUCAGGGUCAGACACAGUGAAGCUCCCUCUACACUGUCCAAGCACACACUCUCAGUCCAUCGAACCCAGGAACCAUCAGACCCAAUGGGGCUUCCCCAGUUACACGUUUAUGGAAAUCCAACAUUACACAAGUUCUCCCAUAAAUUCUUAAAGAAUUUUUCAAGCUCAUUAUGUGUUUCAUGGUAUUCAUUAAUGACUAGACAGUGAUAUUCCAUGAGAUUAAUUGUGGGUGGUGGGGAAGGUGAUUAUUCGAUGUGUAUGCAGCAAGAUACACUGUGGGUUGCUAUAGAAAACGGGCAGUUUUGUCUUAUGGAGGAAAUCAGUUGCCAGACAGACCUCAGGAACAGAACCUUCACGUAUCCCGGGACUGUCACUACCAAUUUCUCUUGAGAAGCACUUUGUUCUUUUAUUCUGCGAUGGACUUUCUCUACACUGGAUGUCCUCAGAUUGAAUCCUUUCUCUUAUGUGGAUUAAA